AUGGCUACUGACGAGUUGAUUCAUAGAAUUAAUUGGUCGCCCGCCGCACUGUCUAAAGAGCCGUUGAGCAUUGCGCACGUGGUGUUCGUGCUCACGGACAAGGAGAGUGAAAUCCUAUCUGCGUACCAGACGCAGCUUGCUCACGAGGGAAUUACAACUGUCGUUAUCGAUGAUGCAAUCCAGAUCGACUCUUUGAUAACUCCAAAGUCUAUUGUUGUUUAUAUCCCACCCACGGCUAAGCGUAAAGAUGACAUAUACGCUGCCGCAACCCAGGCAUGUACCGGCUUGAUCAAUGUUGCACAACAGCUCUACCAUCGCAGCAUUUCCGCCAAGAGCGAGGCGAUCAAGCUUUUCUCUAUCGUGUCAAAGAGCUGGGACAUAUGCAACCUCGCUCACUCUCCACUGCAUGGUCUGUCGCGGGUGUUGAAGACAGAAAUCCCAGAGAUAUUUGGCGGCCUGUUCGAGGAUGACUGCGGGUGCUUUCCAUUGUCCGCAGUGAAGUAUGCGCAGGGCUUCGAUGUCGUCAAAAUCUGUGAAGGUGAAGCGCAGAUUGCUUCUCUUCAACCCUUCGCGAACGAGCCCGAUGAUCUGAAGGGACUUCAGCUGGAUGCAAAAAGCACCUACCUGAUCACGGGAGGAACCGGAGGCAUAGGCCUGGCAACAGCAACUUGGCUGGCGCAGCACGGUGCCCGGAACUUAGUACUUGUGUCCCGCCGUGGCCUUCCACUAAACGGUGACAGCAAGCCAGUCGCAUCAAGCAGCGCAGACCUAGUCUCGCGGAUUGCCAAGCUCAAGGCCUUGGGUGUCUCAGUACAUUUGGUGGCUGUUGAUCUCAGCAAGCCCAACGCAGACGUUACACUAGGUCAAGCAGUCAACGACUUGCACAUUCCACCGAUAAAGGGUGUUAUUCAUGCAGCUGGUAUCGCGGGCUACCGUACGCUGAUACAAUGCACGCCUUCGGACAUCGCUGAACACUUAGCGCCGAAAGUCAUGGGCAGCUUGAAUCUUGACUCACUCUUCCCACCUGGAACCCUGGACUUCUUCAUAUUUACCUCUUCAGUGGGGCAGCUCGUCGGCUUCCCGGGGCAGUUGGCGUAUGCGCCAUCGAAUUCCUUCCUAGACGCACUGGCCGCGCACCGAAGGCGACAGGGCGAUAAUAGCAUGUCCAUUUUGUGGGCAGGCUGGCAGGGGGUAGGCGUCUGGGACCAGAGCAAGUCAGCAAUGCGAAGGCUUACCAAGGCCUCUAUAUCUCGGGGUAUCGCAGAUAUCCGCCCAGAUGAGGCAUUUGCGGCGUGGGAGCACAUAGCUAGUCGCGAUACUGAUCACGCAGUGGUAGUGCGCGUGUUAGAGCUCGCGGCCGACGAAUCCGUACGACAUCCUAUGCUCAAAGACAUCACUCCCCGCAAACAAGUAUAUCUCCCGACCACUAUGGAUUACAAAGACUAUCCCGAGCAUGCAAUUGCAGUGAUAGGUAUGGCUUGUCGGACAGCUGCUGGGAAUACAGAGAAUGACCUCUGGGAGGCCAUCCAGGCAGGCAAAAGUAUAGUGCGUGAGGUAGACGAGAAGCGGUUCCCCGGUGUCGUCCGCGAUGGCACAAUGUGGGGAAGCUUUAUGUCUGAUAUCGACUCAUUCGAUCAUCAAUUCUUCCAAAGAUCCAAGCGCGAAGCCGCUGCAUCAGACCCGCACCAGCGAGUGCUCCUUGAAACCGCGUACCACGCACUCGAAUCGGCCGGCUACUUUGGACCAGGACGACAGCAGGCAGAAACUCAUGAUCCAGAUAGCCACACAACCGGUUGCUUCAUUGGCAUGAGCGCCCCCGACCACGUCUUACAUUUGGCUAGCAACCCCCACUCACCAUAUACUGGAUUGGGAAUGAUGCGAUCGUUCGUGGCUGGCCGGUUGAGCCAUUUCUUUGGCUGGACAGGCCCCUCACAAACUAUUGAUACGGCUUGCUCGUCUGCUAUGGUUGCUAUCCACCAAGCCUGCCGUGCCAUUCAGGUUGGGGAGUGCACGCAGGCCGUCGCGGGUGGCGUCCACCUAUUGUUGAACAUGGAAAGCUCUGACGCACUACAUGCCAGCGGAUUUACAAGUGAAACAGGGAUAUGCAAGGCGUUUGACUCACGGGCUGAUGGAUAUUGCCGUGGGGAGGGCGUUGGAGUUCUCAUCUUGAAACCAUUGGCCCGGGCCUUAGAAGACGGGGACGGCAUUCAUGGUGUGCUGCUAGCUACUGGCAACAAUCAAAACGUUAACAACACGAGUAUCACGAACCCUGUUUUGGCGAGCCAGGUGGCCUUAUACAGAGACGUUCUGGGUCGCGCUGGAGUCGAUCCAGCAGAUGUCUCAUACGUCGAGGCUCACGGGACGGGAACGCGCGCUGGUGACCCUGUCGAGAUCCAGGGAAUUCGAGAAGUCUUCGGUGGGAAGAUUAGAUCAUCUUUCUUAAAUAUUGGUGCGGUCAAAGCCAAUGUGAGCCAUACCGAAGGGGCUUCGGGCGUGGUAUCCCUGAUCAAGGUAUUGCUGAUGAUGAAACACGGCAAGAUUCCGGGGCAGGCGGAGCUUCACGUAUUGAAUCCACAUAUUCCAGCUCUCGAGCCUGAUCGGAUGGCUAUUCCAACGUCUCAAAGCGAAUGGCGGGGUAAGCGCCUAGCUGUGGUCAACAAUUACGGUGCGUCAGGCAAUAAUGCCAGCGCUGUCGUUGCGCCGCCGCCUCAUCAGCAAUCUUCGCCAUCGCCAACGAUCCCAUCCGCUUCUGCCUGGCCUGUUUUCAUUUCUGCUGCUUCCCGGGCCAGUUUAUUGGCGUACUGUAGUACAUUGAGUCACAAUAUCAUCGAAGAAUCACUCACUCCUGAGUUGUUUCCUCACAUGUCCUUCGCUUUGGCGACAAGGCAGAACCGCCAGCUUCAGCAUAUCUUCUGCACAUCAGCAAAUUUAUUGAGUGAUAUACAGUCCCAGCUUACCGACCCGCAGAAGCAGAUUGUCUCCUCUCCAGAGCCAAAGCCUGUCGUGCUCCUUUUCAGCGGACAGAACGGCGAUAACGUGCCCUCAGCCGGGCCGCUAUAUGAGAGUAGUCUGCUAUUUCGUACACAUUUGCACCGUUGCGAGGAUGUGGUGCAUUCACUUGGCCUUCCCAGUCUCUUUCCGGUUAUCCUUAAAGGAAUUCGAGGCGGAGCUGAUCUCAUCCUGCGGCAUAUUAGCAUGUUCGCAAUUCAGUACUCAUGUGGUAUGUCGUGGAUUGACUCAGGGGUGAAGCCCCAGGCGCUUUGCGGCCACUCACUCGGCGAGUGGGCUGCACUGACAGUUUCGGGAGCUAUCACCCUCGAAGCCGGCAUAAAGAUCGUAUCAGGGUAUGGAUUUAAUUCUCGGCGAGCAGCUAUUAUCCAGAGGCUCUGGGGCGAUGACCCCGGAUCCAUGGUAGCAAUUGAGGCUGACCUCGUUGGUACUGACACAACGCCAGAAAGUCAUUUAGAGACGUUUUACCAAAGACAUCCAGAGAUAAAGCUGGACAUAGCGUGUUACAAUGGGCCCAACAAUUACGUUGUUGCCGGAGCCACCAAGUACGUCGACGUGCUCGAAUCAUAUCUUGUCAAAAAGAAAUCCAGCGGCGAGAAACUCCGUUUCAAGGUCCUGAGGGGCAUGUGGGCUUACACAUCCCGAGUGGAAUUUGCAGAUGUUUUGGCGCAGAAGAAAGCCUUGAUUCAGAGCGUUGGUAUAACUGAUUCCACUAUUCAACUAACACACUAUCACGAACAGGAUCCAAGGCUUCCCUUUGAAUCAUGUCACGAAGGCGCUUGGACAGGACCAGAACUCAACGUAAUUGCCCGUAACACCCGUCAGCCUGUCUAUUUUGGCCAAGCGAUGUCGCGCAUAGUCGACCGUCUGGGUGCGUGCACAUUCCUGGAAGCCGGCGUAAAUGGUCCCAUAGUCGCGAUGGCACGAAGUGCGCUGCCACAAGCACUGGCUCAAGGACCUCAUACCUUCCUGGCCCUAAAUGGGAAAGACUUGGUGCGAUCACUCGCCGAUGCCACGGUCACGCUGUGGAAAACUGGGCAGACAAACGUGCAAUAUUGGCUAUUCCACGCAACUCAGCGGGCGAGCUAUAGACCUGUGGCCCUGCCACCCUAUCAUUUCGAAAAGCACAGGCACUGGCUGGAGUACACCGGUCUCCCAGGUAGAAAAUAUAAGAACACCAGCAGUGAUGUGCCAGACCAUCAUGCAGUAUGUCCGCAUUGCCAGAGAGACAUCGCCGACCCUCCCUUCAUAAGGCGCGACAAGACUCACACCCUGGAUACGAGCAACUCUGAUUUCAUCAUCGAUAUGCGCAGUAGGCGCUACCAAGACCUCGUCAAAGGCCAUGUCGUAGUUGGGACUGCGAUAUGCCCAGCGGCAGUAUACCUGGAGCUGGCUGCACAUGCCGUUGCCUUACUGCUGAACAAUAAGAUAACGUCCAGCAUAGUGGUCGACUCCGUACAUUUCAAGGCCCCUUUGAGUAUGGACACGCAACGUUCCGUCAAGUUGACACUCACGAACAAGGAACAGUAUUCUUGGGGAUUUGAAUUCAACUCCACCAAGGAUGCGAGAUUAACCGUACACGCCGUUGGCAGCAUUUCGCUGAAAGACCGCAACAACGAAGGAGCCGAAGAAGAACAAGGGAAGAAAGACAAGUGGGCCCGCAUGAUACAUUUACUCGAAAAGGAUCCCGACACGGACGCUUUGCGCGGCGCAAUGAUAUACAAAGUGUUCAGUAACAUGGUAAAGCACGCAGCCGCAUACCGUGGCUUGCGGCAUUUGGCUGGAAAAGGCACUGAGGGCGCAGCGGACAUCUCCAUACCAGUGAACGACUUGGACACCGUGGCUAGAACGCCCAACGACAACGUUGUCGAUUCUUUGGUGAUGAACAACUUCCUUGAAGUCCCGGGAGCAUACAUUAAUUGCUUGCACAACUUUGGUAACGAGGAUGACAGCAAAGCUUAUAUAUGUACGAGCUUAGGGUCCGUAGGCCCUCUAAACAGGCUUCCCGAUGGCAGGGACUACAGGGCUUAUGCGCAGAUCGCCAGGCAGAGCGCCAACGAGGCUAUACUGGAUGUAUUGGCCUUUGACGCACAGACAAUGGAAUUAGUCUUGUCUGCCAAGGACAUCAAAUUUUCGGGCAUAUCCACCAGCACAUUAACCAAAUUGCUGGCAGGCGUGAAUCUCAAUUCGACGAUCUACAGUGACAUAGGCCCUUCGCGGGUUACUGAAAAAUCUGGGUUCAAGCAGCUGACCAAUCCCGCCCCUGCCACGAAUCCUAAGAUAUCAGAGGGGGCCAAGGCAAAUUCACCUGAUGUUUUUAAAAUCGUACAGGGGACCCUAAGCCAGACCCUUGACGUUCCUGUCGCGGAAGUCACACUGGAAGCAUCGCUCGAGGAGCUCGGCGUUGACUCACUAAUUAGCUCAGAGAUAUUGGCCAGUAUCCAUGAUGCGCUUCGAAUCAAGGUUUCUGUCGACGACCUUGCCGCAGCGACAGACGUUGCCGCUCUAUGUGAGUUGAUCUCUUCGCGGGUUGGCGGCACCGCCACCGAUACGGUAGACCAAGGUGAGGAAUUUCAGGGAUCAGACCAUAUCUUAGAGACUGCCAAAGAUGAGGAUUUGGACUGGCAAAAGACCGCUAUUAAGAUACUCGGCCAAUAUCUCGACGUACCAGUGGGGGAGAUUUCAAUGGAUUCCCAACUCGAGGACCUCGGCGCGGAUUCGCUCAUCGCAGCGGAGAUAGCUAGCAACAUCAACGAGGCACUAAAUCUGACUAUAUCAUCAAUUGAAUUUGCUUCAUUGACAGAUGUGAGGUCUUUCUGUGGUCUCAUCGCGCAUGUUUCAGGACGAGUGUCAACGCAGGCCGCCGCUGUCUCUCCAAGCGGUUCCAAUUCUGCCGUGCCAAACGGCCACCCGACCACAGCAACUGAGGACAAGAACCCGAUACCAACAAAGGAUGAUGCAAAUUUAGUACACGCGGCCUUCCAGAAGGUCCGCCGCGGCUUUGAUUCGCAUGCGAAAGAGGUCAACCUGACAGGAUUCUGGGACAAGGUAUACCCACGGCAACUAAGCACUGUGACGGCCUAUAUCCUCGAGGCAUUCGAAAAGCUCGGAUGCUCUUUCUUGAAGUUCGGUCAAGGAGAGAGGCUUCCCCGGCUACGCGGAACGCUGCCCAGGUACCAAAGAGAGGUAUCGCGGCUAUGGGAGAUCUUGGAAGAAGCUGGCGUGGUCGAGAAACAAGGCGAUACUUUCGUACGCGGUCCCGUGCCUCGCAUACAAGAUAGAUCAGCCAAGGAGCUGAGCACUGAGCUCGUUUCGACAUUUCCUCAGUAUGGAUCAACACACAAUCUGCUUGAUCUUCUUGGACCGCAAUUGGCGGAUUGCCUUACCGGAAAAUCCGACGCUACCUCUAUCCUACACGAUAGCGAUAAGGGCAGAAAGCUUCUUGAGAAUUUCUAUACAAACGAUCCCGGUCUCCUUGCGGCAAAACACGUGCUUCGUGACCUUUUCUCCACGACCAUGCAGGCUAUAGCACCCGGUGAACCCUUCCGCGUGCUCGAAAUUGGUGCCGGGUUUGGCAGCACUGCUAAACAUCUCCUGCCACAGCUUCGAGCCAAUGGCCUGCCUUUCACUUAUACAUUGUCCGACCCUUCGGCGACACUGCUAGAGCGCGCCAAAACAACUUUCCAGGACAUCGAGGGCAUAGAGUUCCGGGAAGUCAACGUUAAGAAGGACCCUCCUGUGGAUCUCCUAGGACGCUAUCACAUUGUGAUAUCCAGUAGCUAUGCUCAUGGGACAUGCAAUUUGCAAAACAUCUUGGCCAAUAUUCGCAACCUGGUGCGUCCCAACGAUGGAUGCGUAGUGCUGAUAGAGCCAACGCAGAAGCUGGCCUGGUACGAUCUCGUCUGGGGCUUAUUGGAUGGAUGGUGGCAGCUCUAUGAUGGCCGCACGCACGCUCUGCAGAGCCCGUGGGCCUGGGAAACGGCCCUGCAUAAUGCUGGGUUUGCCCACGUCGACUGGUCUGAGAGCUCCAGUCCUGAACCGGAGAGGAAGUGCCCGGCCGAGGCAACCUCGAUGCUUUUGCACCGGGGGACUUCUGCGUGUGGUAAACGGAACUUGUUUCUAGCCCCGGACGGAUUUGGCUCUGGAGCCGUGUUUGGCAGUCUGGGGCCAUUGCUCAGUAGCGUUAGGAACGUCUCUGUCUACGCUCUUAAUAGUCCCUUCAUGCACAGUAAUCCUUAUCCAGAUGACCCGCUAACCAUCGAGGAACUCGCUGCAAUCUACGUGGGCGAAAUCAAGCGCCGGCAGCCCGAGGGUCCAUACCUACUGGGUGGGUAUUCUGUUGGUGGCGUGCUGGCCUUUGAAGUGGCACGGCAACUAUUCGAAGAUGGAAACGACAUCGAGAAGUUAUUCUUGAUCGACACUGCAUGUCCGACGUUUGUACGCUACUUCCCAGACGCCUUAGUCCGGUAUCUAGAUUCCAUCGAGCAGGUGCGCGUGGGGAAUGGCAGCGAGUUGCGACCAAAUCGCCGGGGCCGGUUGGUGGCGAAUGAUCACUUUUGCUUGGCCCGGCAGCAGAUGAGAGCAUAUCAAGUGCGCAGGCUACCGGGACGAAAGAUACCACUGGUGGUGCUGAUCGCCGCAAAAGAAGGUGCUGAUAAGCAGAAUGACGUGCCCCGCCCUGUGUUUCUGCCAGAAGAUCAGAAAGCCGUGAAGUGGUUUCUGGACGAUCGCACCGAUGAGGGAUGGUUCGGAUGGAAUGAGGUCCUGGAUAAUAUAAAGGUGGUUCGGGCCGACGGCAAUCAUUUCUCCAUGAUGUUGCCCUCGAUGGUAGUGCCUAUAGUCUUUGUUAGGGGUGCAUUGUGUCAGGUUAGAGGGGAAACGGAGGCAAGGGCUUUAGCCGGACGAGAUAGCACCACACUGACCGAUGUCAAAACAGUAAUAAUCACUUCAUCUUAG